GGGGCGGGGCGGGGGCGCGGUACCUGCGCGGGCGGUGGAGCCGCGGGCGGGUGGGGCCGUGCCGGGCCGGAGGAAGGAGCGGCGCUGCCCCGGGCACGGCGCGGCCGCCGGCGGGAUGCGGCGCGGCGGCGGCGGGAACGGCAGCGAGAGCGAGCCCGAGUGGCCGUGGCCGUGGCCGCCCUGCGAUGAGCGGCUGUGCCUGGCGCUGCCCAUGUGGGUGCUUGUUCCCAUCACGGCCGUCUGCCUGGGGCUCUUCGUGGUCGGCGUGGCGGGCAAUGUCCUCACGGUGCUGGUCGUCCGCAGCUACCGCGACAUGAAGACUACCACCAACCUCUACCUGGGCAGCAUGGCCGUCUCGGACCUGCUCAUCCUCAUGGGGCUGCCCUUCGACCUCUACCGCCUCUGGCGCUCCCGACCCUGGAUCUUCGGGCAGCUGCUGUGCCGCCUCUCGCACUACCUGAGCGAGGGCUGCACCUACUGCACCAUCCUCCACAUCACCGCCCUCACCGUGGAGCGCUACCUUGCCAUCUGCUUCCCCCUCAAGGCCAAGGUGGUCGUCACCAAGCGCCGGGUGAAAGCCACCAUCGGUGUCCUUUGGGCCUUUGCCUUGCUCUCCGCCAGCCCCUUUUUCUUCCUGGUCGGCGUGGAGCAGCCCGACAACCACACUGACUUCAGCCGCGAGUGCAAGCCCACCCCGCAGGCGCUGCAGUCCGGCCUGCUGGCCACCAUGUUCUGGGUCACCACCUGCUACUUCGUGCUGCCCGUCACCUGCCUCAGCGUCCUCUACGGCUGCAUUGGCCGCGAGCUGUGGCGGAGCAACACCCGCCUGCGGGGCCCCAGCUCGCUCCUCCGGGAGAAGGGGCACCGCCAGACAGUCAGGAUCUUGGCUGUGGUGGUUCUGGCCUUUGUAAUUUGCUGGUUGCCUUUCCACAUUGGCAGGAUCAUAUUUAUCAACACCCAGGACAUGAGGACUAUGCUGUUCUCCCAGUACUUUAAUAUAUUCGCCCUGCAGCUUUUCUACCUGAGCGCAUCCAUCAACCCUGUCCUCUACAACCUCGUUUCCAAGAAGUACAGGGCAGCAGCCUGCAAGCUGCUGCUGCCACGCCGAGCUGCAGAAAGGGCUUUCACAGUAACAAAGGACGCUGGGGGCUACACAGAGACCAGCACAAGGCACGAGUACACCACCAGCUUCUGAGACUGCACCCCGCACUUCUUCAGGCAUUCUUGCCUAAGGAAGGGAACUUCCUUCUCACGGGAGAGUCGCAAAAGGAUGGACACUUGUUAGGGCAUGUGGUGUUUCAUAACUGUAUUUUGGGAUACCUGAAUUUUUGGUAACAGAGCAAGCAGGCAUCGUGAAGCAGGGAGAAUGAUGUGCAGCUUGUGAAAGAUGGUAAGUCAAUAGGAAAAGCUGGAGUAAAUUGCCAGUAAAACCACGGGAUUGCUUUAUUACAUAGUGUUCAUUGCACGUGUUCUGCGCCAUUUCUAGUAUUUUCUAAAAAAUCAUAACACCAAGAUCUGCAAAGGAACACUUCUUGGGAGCUGUAAUGGGUAAAAUUCCCAGACAACCUUCACCAUUUUAAAAUGGUUUUCUCAUAAACGAGAUUUUACAAAACAGUCUCGCAAGGAGAUGGACGCAAAAAAAAUCACCCACCAACCUUAACAGCCCUGGAAGAAGAGGCAUGUGCUUUUAGCACCUGGUCUUGUAAUCUUGAAGGGGACUUUCCUGGGCAGUUUCACUAAUUUCCCUUAGGAAAGCAUCAGCUGCACACAGCAGUCUCUGGGCUUAAACUUAUUUGAUCCCACAGGAUCAAAUAAGAUCUUUUACUUAUAUAUUAACAACUAGUUGUAAAACUUGAGGUAUCCCAGAUCACUUCCCUUAGAAUAGAUGAGCAGUGUUUGGUAAUUGGUAGCGGUGUGUCUCCACAUUGUGUACUGCGUGUGCAAAUAAUACACCAAGUUAACCCACCUUGCCACAAGACUGUCACUGACAUGUUUUAUGAAAAAUCUUUUUUUUAAGAUUUUUCCUCUUGAGAAGCUGAGAGGCCUCAAGAAAAAAAUGUAAACAAUGAUUAUCUGCUGCUGUGGAAUGCAACAGGUGGAUCUGUGAUUGGCUUCAUGUGAUUGUUUCUAAAUAAUAGCCAAUCACAGUCCAGCUGUCUAGACUGUCUCAGUCAGAGACAAGCCUUUGUUAUUAAUUUUUUUUCUAUUCUUAGC